AGCCCUGCCAAGGCUAUGAGAGGACGCAGUCCGGAGAACCUCAGUGGACACGUACUGUAUGUAGGACUCUUCGGGCACCCCGGGAUGCUGCACAGGGCCAAGUAUAGCCGUUUUCGGAAUGAGCCCAUCACUUCCUUAGAUGAAGGGUCUUCCGGAGGCUCAGUCAAUGUCAAAGGUGUACCUCCGACUUCUCCUUCUUCUCCCCUGCCAGUUCACCUGCCUGGGGAAGAUGUCACCUUGGCGGCUCAGGAUAACCCCACCCCACUGUGCACUUUGAUGCCCCGAAUGGCAAGCCUCAGGCUGGCAAAUCCAGCAAACCUGCUGGGACUGAAAAACUUCUGCCUGGGGACCAGAGAGGUGCCCAAGCUCAAACUCUUGGAGAACCGGGGGGCAGCUCCAAGCAGCCCAACUUCCCCAGAAACCAGCCUUUCCCGGGCUACAUCUGCUGCAUCUCCCCAGCCGGAUGGAGAGACUCUGGAGAGCUGUAUCCUGCCCACCUCUGAGGCACCACCUUCUCUGGGCAGUCAGGAUGGAUCUUCUCGCCAACACCUAUUGGGGACAGGCAUGAACUACUGUGUAAGGUACGUAGGCUGUGUUGAAGUGCUGCAGUCGAUGAGAUCCUUGGAUUUUGGCAUGAGAACCCAAGUUACAAGGGAAGCAAUAAGUCGCUUGUGUGAAGCUGUUCCAGGGGAAAAUGGACCCAUUAAAAGACGUAAGCCUCCAGUUAAGUUUUUAUCUUCUGUACUUGGCAGAAGUAACCUUCAGUUUUCUGGAAUUAAUAUAAAACUGACCGUGUCAACAUGUAGCCUUACUUUGAUGAACAUCGAUACCCAGCAGAUUAUUGCAAAUCACCAUAUGCAGUCCAUUUCUUUUGCCUCUGGAGGUGAUCCUGAUACCACAGACUAUGUUGCCUACGUAGCUAAAGAUCCAGUUAAUCAAAGAGCUUGCCACAUAUUGGAAUGUCCCAGUGGAAUGGCUCAAGACGUCAUAAAUACCAUAGGGCAGGCUUUUGAACUCCGAUUUAAAGAGUAUUUGAAAAAUCCUUCUUCUUUGAAUCUUCCCAGUGAAAGGGAAGAGGUGAAUAUUGAUGACAGUACAGAGGAAAAAGAAGAACAUGAGUAUUAUAAUGAAAUUCCAGGGAAGCAGCCACCUGCUGGUGGUGUAUUAGAUGCCAGAAUGAAAGUUCAGACCACAGAGCAAAGAACUUACUGCCCUAUACAAUGUGAAAAGCUAUGCUGUUCACCCCGGAACCCCAAAUGCAGCAGUGUGUAUGAAAAUUGCUUAGAACCCAGUAAGGCAAUAGGUAGUAUCAGUGAAAGAAUUGUGAAGACCCAAAGGGAUCCACCAUUAACGAAGCACAGGUGCAGGGUGGAUCUCUUCGAUGAUCCAUGCUACAUCAAUACUCAGCCUUUUCAGACGGCAAUCUGGCCUGGAAAUCAAGACCCAGCCCAAGGACUUGGAAGCCCAUUACAUGGUGCAACUGAACUUCCCGCCGGCUCUGGCGCCCGCUUUCAAACAGCCCCACAAUCGCAACCGCGAGUGAUUCUGCAACCUAGCUUGGGAGAGGUUCCACGCUGGGAUCCCAAGUCCCGCCCCCAAGUCAAUUCAGCCCCGCCCAUCCUUGGGCCUUCUGCUCAGCGAUUGCAGGAGACUGCUGCUCCUCAAGUUUCCACCUCACUUCAACUACGGCGGCUGUUGAGACAACGAAGCUGCCUUUCGAUCCAGGUGAGAGUUUCACUACUCGGUUUUUCUUUGGGAACGGCGGUAGCGGAUGGGAAAGGGAGAGAGUACGCGUUCCGUGGGACUUUUGUGCUAGGAAACCAUCGGGUCACCGAGCUCCGGUGUUUAGCCCCCUCAGCCCAAACCCGGCCGGUGCCACUUGACUUCAGCCCGAGCCGGCGGUCCGAUCAUGGCGUCGCUGGGUGCUUGGAUUCUGGAAUUGGCAAGGCCCGGGUUUUUGCUACCCGUUCGGAUGCUAGGCCUACGUCCCUCCCCUCCAACCCCCCACCCUUACCCCCAACCCCCGGGGCUGUGUGUGCACUUGGCUAUGCCCUUGACCCGCUCGGGCCCCGUGCUUCUCUCAGAGUUCCUGGUCCACUCUGUACCAAACAGCAAUAA